GGAAGGAAGGUGGAAUUUGGAAAGAAUGAUCGAGGAAAGGUGGAUAAAAGGGGAUAGGUGGCCGUGAUCGAAUGGUGCGAGCUGCCGAAGGAUAUCGUGAAACUAUACGUGGUAACGACGCGUAUGGGUGUGUGUGUCCCGCUAUGAUCCAUCACGAUUGACUCUCUCUUGUGUCACGCUCUUACGUACCAGGCGACGAACCAACACAUCCAAAGCUGGAGAGAUGAUCCGCGACUAUCUGUUGCUGCUCUCGUGGCUGUGCGCUGUGCAAGGAAAAAUAGGCUAUUUCUGGCACAUCACCGACAUCCACUAUGACCCGAGAUACUCCGCUCAAGCGAACGCGGCGACCGCGUGCUGGAACACGAGGAACGGGGUGGGUGGCGGGCGGAAGACGCCAGGAAAAUUCGGCGAUUACGGCUGCGAUUCACCGUGGGAGCUGGUCGAGUCCGCGGCCAAAGCGAUGAAAACUUAUCGCGGCGAGGGGAUCGAGUUCGUCCUCUGGACGGGUGACGCGCUGACGCGCACUACUGGUAUGAAUGCCGAGCUCCGUCUCCAGUGUUUGCGGAAUUUGACCGAUCUGUUGUCUCGCACGUUUAAGGGGCUAUUUGUGUUUCCGGUGCUCGGGCACGACGACACCGUCAACUUCUCCCAACUUGCCGAGCUCUGGUCAACCUGGCUGCCCCAGGAGGCUCUGGACACUUUAAAAAGCGCCGGAUAUUACACGAUAGAGCAAACCUCGGAGAAAUAUCGGAUCAUUUUCCUCAACACGAAUUUGUGGCUGAACACGGCCGAUAAUCGUAUGCUGCACCACCAAUCCGGAGCGAGCGUGGCCGAUAACACGCAGGAUCCUCUGAAUCAAUGGUCCUGGUUCCAGACGACUCUCGAGACCGCGCGAAGGAAGGAGGAAACGGUUUACAUCGUGGGUCACACGCCGCCCGGGGUGGACGAUCGGGAAAGCGGCGCGUCCACGUUGAACGAGCGUCACAACGCGAAAUACCUGCAGCUGAUCCGGCUGUACUCGGACAUCAUUCGCGGUCAGUUCUUCGGCCACUGGCACACGGACACUUUUCGCGUGGUUUAUAACGAUAACGGUCUGCCCGUAUCCUGGAUAAUGAUGGCGCCCAGUAUAUCGCCAAGCACGCCUGGAGGGCCCAACAAUCCUGGCUUGAGAUUGUACAAAUUCGAAACGACCACCGGCCAGGUGUUGGAUUACACUCAGUACUAUCUCAAUCUGCCGGAAGCGAACUCGGGGACGGCAAACUGGUUGAUCGAGUACUCUCUGCUCGAAUAUUACAAUCUUCAGGAAAUUACGGCGAUCUCUCUUCACGACCUGGCCGACCGAUUCACCCAGUUCAACGAUUACGCUUUCGUCAGAUACUACGCGGCCAACACGGUCUCGUUGCCGCGGGAAGUGGAGCAAAUAUGGGGCUGCGGGGGACCGUUGAACGGGGCCUGCGCCCUCCACCAUUACUGCACGGUCACCCGAUUGAAUCCAGAAUCCUACAAGAAGUGUUACUCGUCGUACGCGUUCGCGCUCGCCUCAACCGGCCCAUCCACGCCACGGCUCUACCUGUCGCUCUACCACCUCGUGCUACUCGUCUGCGCGCACUUGGCCACCAACCGGUAGAUUUCCGAAGGAGAGAGAGAGAGAGAGAGAGAGG